UUUUCUUCUUCAGAUUUAUAAGAUUUUUGAUUUUAGGGUUAUUAGUUGAAAAUUCUAAGAGAUCAGACAUCAAAUCUAGGGCAACAUCAAAUUUAGGGCAAAGAGUGUUCUUUUUUUUUUUUUUCUUUUUUCUUUUCUAGUAAUUGUUCUAACAACAAGAAGAAGAAUGGUAUUCUUUGCCAAUAAUCAUCCUCCACCACCACCGCUGCAACUCUUUCUCUCCGUUCUCCUUCUUGCCGCCACCAUAACCGCCGUGAAUGGUGCUAAUAUUUUUUAUGAGUGGAGGGUUGCAGUUGACACAAGCAUCAAACCAGUAUCAGUAGAUCAACCUGUUAUUACUAUCAAUGGAAUGUUUCCUGGACCCCUUAUUAAUGCCACCACUAAUGACAUGAUUAACGUCAAUGUGUUCAAUGAUUUGGAUGAGCCUCUCCUCUUCACAUGGAAUGGGAUACAACAGAGGCUAAACUCCUGGCAAGAUGGAGUGACAGGAACAAACUGUCCAAUUGAGCCCGGAAAGAAUUGGACAUACCAGUUUCAAGUUAAGGACCAAAUUGGAAGCUUUUUCUAUUUCCCUUCUCUCAAUUUCCAGAAAGCUGGUGGAGGGUUUGGUCCUAUUCGAGUUAACAAUCGAAUAGUCAUUAAUAUCCCCUUUCCCAAACCUGAAGCAGAAUAUGAUCUUCUCAUUGGCGAUUGGUAUAAUCUCAGUUUCAAGGAUGUUAGGUCCAUGAUGUCAAAAAGCUCUGGCUAUCAUGUUCCUCCUGAUAAAAUGCUAAUGAACGGAAAAGGCUCAUUUAAAGACCCUUCUGCGAAAUCCUAUGAAUCAUUCACUUUUACGUCAGGGAAGACAUAUAGGUUGAGGAUAUCCAAUGUGGGGAGUGCAUGGAGUUUCAAUUUCAGGAUUCAGCAUCAUAAAAUGGUUCUUGUUGAAACUGAAGGAUCAUACACUAGUCAGAUCCUAAUAGACUCUCUGGAUGUGCAUGUUGGUCAAUCGUACUCUGUUCUUGUCACAGCAAAUCAAAACCCAGCUGAUUAUUAUAUUGUGGCAACUCCUAAAAUGAUUAAACCUGAUGAUAUUAACAAUGUUGCUGCUGUUGGAGUGCUUCAUUAUGAUAAUUCCACCAAAAAUGCUACUGGGCCUCUUCCAAGUGGGCCUGACCCUUUUGAUAUUCCAUUCUCCUUGAAUCAAGCCAAGUCUAUCAGGUGGAACCUGACUGCAGGAGCUGCUAGGCCCAACCCACAAGGAACCUUCAAUGUGACCAAUGUGACAUUAUCACAAACAUUUAUCCUGCAUGGAUCAGAAGCUAAAAUUGCUGAUAAACCCUUUUACACUGUCAAUGAUGUCUCUUACACUACACCAAAUACCCCAUUAAAGUUAGCUGAUCAAUUUGGGAAUUCUUCUGAUGUUUAUCAACUGGAUCAGUUUUCUACUAAUUCAAGCAAUGGAAGCCCUACACAUGGUGUUUUUGUUGCAACAGGGGAACAUAAAGGUUGGAUAGAACUUGUUUUCACCAACGAUUUUGAUGUCAUGGAUUCUUGGCAUUUGGAUGGCUUUAGUUUCUUCGCAGUUGGAUAUGAAAUUGGAGAGUGGACACAUCAGUCGCGCUAUACGUAUAAUAUUUAUGAUCCUGUAGUUCGUUCGACGAUUCAGGUGUAUCCUAAAGGAUGGACUGCUGUAUAUGCAUAUCUUGACAAUCCUGGAAUGUGGAAUUUGAGAUCGCAAAAUUUGAAAAAUUGGUACUUAGGGCAAGAGCUCUACUUAAGAGUUUUUGAUAGUGACCCCAAUCCUGCCAAGGAAAGACCACCUCCAGAUAACCUUCUUCUAUGUGGAAAAUACAUCAGUUUAGCUCCACCACCCCCUGCACCAACUACUCCUACACCAACUGCUCCUGCUCUUCCAGCUUCUCAUGCAUCACAUAGAAAAAUAUCAUGGUUUCACAGAACGAUAGUGCUCAUUGUUGCAUUUUUCUACAUUGGCAAGCUGUAGAUGGUGAAGUGCUUCAAAUUAUUGACAAGGAAGUGGAAUUGCAAAGGAACUUGUUGUGGCAUUUUAAAGGAACUUAGAAUUAAUUUUAUUAAUAUUUCUUGGAAGAUAUCCUUAGGCAUAUGGUCUCACAGUUAAGCUAUUAUGUGCAUUAUUUUAUUACUAAUUAUCUAGGGAAUGGUAAAUUAAAUUAGAUUAUUUUAUAUCUAAUUUAGAUUAGGGAAGAGUUAUGUUGACCUCUCUCUAUAUAUAUAUGGAUUAAUGGUAAUUGUGAAUGGAGUUUUACUGUUGGUGUUUAAAA